GAUGUGCUCCUUCCUUCCUGCCAGAAAGCCAGGCAGAUACAGCCUGCGGGGAAGCAUUUUGCAAUCACCUUUUCUGAAAGUCAGAGCAAUUAACGGCACUGGUUGGUGAGUUGUUGUUUUUUUUUCUUUUUCUUUUUUGAGGAACUAACGGUGAAAGCAACAUGUUAGAGAAGAGCUGGAACACUCUGCUCUCCUGGGAGCCAGGGGCCGGUCCUGCGAGGGAGCAGCGAGCCGGAGCGUGCCGCACGAGGUGCUGAGAUGAGGGUUGUACCAGGCCAGGUUAAUCUGAGCACACUCCCAUCUCCACAGCCAUCAUCCCAGGCCUGUAAAGGAGACUCAGCCUGUGAAUGCAGAUCAUGGCCACGCACUGGAACUCGAUGCUGCUGGGAUGCUCCACACUCUUCCUUCUGCUCCUGGGAGGGGCCCGAGCCUGUGGCUGGGUAGCAGUGGACUCACCCACCAUUCUCUUGGGAUCUACAGUCACGGCCUCUUGCACCAUCCAAAGCAACCGCUGCGGUGGCUUGGACGGUGAGGAAAUCCAGAUCACGUGGAGACUCGACAGCGAGUCCAUGUCAGGGAGCCAACACAAGAGCGUUGAAGGAGCAGAAGUUUCCAAUCUCACCAUCAGCCAUUUCAACCGAACCAGGGCCAAGCUGUGGUGCUAUGUGGUGUGGAACGGCACCCCGCAGCGGAUAGGCAUGGCGGAGAUCCACGCAGGCUAUCCACCAUCGAAGCCUGAGAAUCUAACCUGUAUGAUGAACCUCAGUAAGAACAGCCUGACGUGCCGCUGGGACCCCGGGAUGGACGGACACCUCCCAGCCACAGUGACUCUGAAAAGCUCCAAGAGCAGAGGCCAGUGUGAAGUUUCCCAGGAGGCGAUCCCAGACUGUAUCCCACAAGGCGGCCAGAACUACUGCACCAUUCCUCGCAGGUCUCUCCAGCUGUACCAGAAAAUGGACAUCUGGGUGUCAGUCCAGAAUGCCCUGGGCACAGCUGAGUCUGAGCAUCUGUGCAUCGACCCCAUGGAUGUAGCCAAACUGGAUCCCCCUGUCCUAAAGAGCAUCCAGUCAGUCCCUUUCCAGACUGACUGCAUCUCCGUGGCCUGGGAAGUGGCUCCCACCAGCUCCCACAUAGAGCAGCAGUGUGAGCUCCGCUACAGGACCCAUGAGGACCCUGGAUGGACUCUGGUCCCCAACAUUGUCAGCCCCAACCUGAAGACCCAUCACUGCGGCUUCCUGUUUGGGACGGAUUAUCGCUUCCAGAUGCGCUGCAGGCGGGUCACAGCGAUGGGCUACUGGAGCGAGUGGAGCCCAGCGUGGAAUUUCAUCACCCACGAGAAAGCUCCUGCAGGGAAGCUGGACGUUUGGUGGAAGAUGACGCCCGUGGACUCUGGGAAGAGAGCGGAGGUUCAGCUGCAGUGGAAGGCUCUGAAGCAGAACGAGAGGAAUGGCAGGAUCCUGGGGUACUGGGUCUCCCUGAAUCCCAGACGGAGAAAUGUGGAGCUCACAGCUGUCUGCAACACGACAGAGAGGCAGUGCAGUUUCUCUGUGCUGGCUGGGGUCAGGAGAGUUUAUCUCGCAGCCUAUAACUCAGCAGGCGAGUCUGCAGCAACAGAAGUUAUCUUCCUUGAGAAGAAAGGUCAGCCCCUGGCCAGGAUCCACACUUCCCCCUGUGAUGAGCACAGCCUCUGGGUGCACUGGGAGGCGCCCAGAGCCGCAGCCACUGGGUACAUACUUGAGUGGCGCCAAACAUCCUUGCCGGGGCCAGCCAGCCGCAGCGGGAGCUGGCAGAUGGAGCGGAACAGGAGUGCCACCAAGGCACUAAUCCGAGAAAAUAUUGAGCCUUUCCAGCUGUACAAUAUCUCCGUGUACCCCUUGUAUGCGGACAUGGUGGGGCUGCCCCUGCACACAGCAGCCUAUUCAAAAGAGAAGGCUCCAUCACGUGCCCCUAAAUUCCACCUCAAGAGCAUCAGCAAGUCCCACGCCGAGCUCAGCUGGGACCCAGUCCCCAUUGAGAUGCAGAACGGCUUCAUCACAAACUACACCAUCUUCUGGGCCAGCACCGCCGACGAUGAGCUCCGUGCCGUUGUGAACACCUCCUUCACCACCUUCACCAUCAGGGGCCUGCUGCCGUCGACGAUGUACAAAGUGCACAUAAUGGCGUCCACAGCAGCCGGCAGCACCAACAGCACAACCCUGACGCUGGUGACCCUGGCGCUGGAUGGGAAAGAAAUCCAGUAUCUCCUCCUGUUCUUUGGCUUCUUGUGUGUCUUGCUCGUAUUAUUCAUCGUCUGCUUCCUGAAGAAUCGGAGGGUGAAGAAUCAGUUCUGGCCCAGCGUCCCGGACCCAGCUAACAGCAGCCUCGGCAAGUGGGUGCCAGCCGACCUACAGCAGGAGACUCUCCAGACAACCAGUGCGAGGGAGCCUGGCCUGGUGACCAUUUCUGACAUCACAGUGCUCGAAAAAAGAGCCGAGAAGAAGGCACCGCUCUGGGGGAAGAAGGACCCUGUCCCAGCAACUGCUGGCAGCUUCCCGACCCUCCCCAAAUCCUACAUCCACCCCAGCAGCUCCGGCCUGCCAAGUGGCAGCAGAGCUCCGGGAGAGGCGAGGCCGGGCUCCUACGUCAACGGUGCUGGGGCCGUCCAGUACGCCAAGGUAGUUGCAGAAGGCUACAGGGGCCAGCAGCAGCACGUCCCAUCUCCCCUCUACAUCCGGUCCGACUCCACUCAGCCCCUGUUGAGCGAGUCGACGCCCAGCCCCAAGCCUUAUGAGAACCUGUGGUUCCACGGGACCCCACAGGCAGGGCUGCACUGCCAGAGUUCCCAGGAGGAUGAGACCUUCCUGGAGGGGCCGCUGAUCGACUUCCCCCUGCUGCAGGGUCUGAAAAUCGAGGGGGCCGAGGACCUGCAUGACUUCCAGAGAUUCUAGCGCCUUGCGGAGGCCAGGAGAAUGGGCGGCUCAAACAGACAUGCAUCUCUCCUGGCCAGCCUCACCCCCCCGCCCCAUACCCAAACCUCCAUGGAAUAGGCACCAAGCUGCUGUUUGCAUUUGCACCACAUACUCUCAAAGCAUUGGCGUGACUUGAGCCUCGGGGAGGCAGAGGGCUGGCCGGCCGCCCAGGGAUGGUGCAUCCCACCGCCCUGCAGGAAUAUGGAGUCGGGCUCCCUGGCUGGCAGGGGCUGGAAGCUCACGACCAGAUCCUGCUCAGGGCAGUGAGGAGCUGGGUGCUGUCUGCUCUGGACUUCAGUGAGGGCAGCGUGCUCUGCAGCCCACACAAUCAGGCCCUGAGUGCCUUCCCCGAAAGCUCCUCUAGUCUCUUUCUCCCCAGGCCGGCGGGGCUGGGAAUGCUGCAGAGAGCCCUAUGGAGGGAGAGAGCAUCCCAGGCAGCCCCGCUGGCCAGCGCUCAGGGCAGUGCUGACUUCCCAAAGGAGCUGCACCCAUCUGCAGCUGAGGGAAGGUGGCUAUGAUGCAGAGAGGAAGGACGGGGGCAUCCCUGAAAACAGAACAUCAGCUGCGUGCAGGGCCCAUGCAGAGGCUGCAGGCUCUGGAGUCCACAUUUGCUCUGCAGCUGUCUCCUUUCUGCAGCUACUAUCCCCAGUGCUGCCCUGGUAGGGAGGGAGCCCCGCAGACUUGGCUAAAGACUUUAUAAAGCUCCCUAUCGUCUAAGGAAAUGUCAAUGAACAGUCUUCUAAGCUCAUUAUCCUGCUCCCUGGGGUUCUCUGGCAAGGACCAAGCCACGGCUCUACAUGGCCCUCACAGAGAUGGGUAGCUGAGAAACUUCACUGCACUUUCGAAACCCCAAGUUAAUGUUAUGCUAUUUAUUUGCUUCUUUCCAUGCUCACUUGUUCCCCUGAGUCAGCACAGCAAGAGAUGUCUGCGGCCAGGGGAUGGGUACUAAGCCGCUGAGCUGUUUACUGCUAGGCCACCAGUUCAAACCUAACCUAGGUCCGUAGUGACCACAAGUCGGGCCCUUGGCUGGGUCUCUAGGGGUUGGCGUGUGAAAUGAACUGGGUGUCCAAGUGGGACCGUGUUACCAAAAGGGAUAAUGAACUCCCCGGUCAGCCUGCAAGGUGGGACCUCCAGCCAAGAGGUUGGGGUGCUGUGAGAAACGCGUGCCCGGAGGCUGCUCAGGCUGGGGGCCAGGAUGAUCCCACAUUUAGAGGCUAGCCUAGGAUGGGGUAGACCUGGGCUAGGUGCCCAUCCUCACUCCUAUGUGACCUAGGGCAUGUCACAAAGGGUCUGUUUACUCUGGAGUGUAAACCCAGGGCUGUGGGACCUGGGCUUGUGGACUCGUUGGUUCCAAGCCUUCACUUGAGCAUCUACACUGCAUUGCAAACCUGGGUUUACAAUUGCCGGCCCCAGGUCUCACAGCCGUGCUAACGGGUCCAUACCGCACGACGCAGCCGUUCUGACUCGGAACUGGGGCUUGGCCUGCAUCCAUGCUGCCAAAUGACAGGGCUUGGACCUGACUCUCAGCAGGACUUGGACUCUGACUCCCCCCAGCAGGACCCAGGUCCUGAGCGCUGGCUGACCCCCAAGUCAGACUGAUUUGUGUGUGGAUAGAAGGGGGACUUGGGCUCAAACCUGAGUCAGACCCCAUGCUGCGUAUGUAAUGUAGACAUACCCUUCGUCCCGCUAGGCCUUGGCUCCCCAUCUGAAAGCACCAUCCGGCCUCCCGGUGUGUCAUUGGGAUAAAUGCCUACAGGAUUGUGAGGUGCUCAAAUACCACAGCAUUACAGGGAGGCAGUACCGUAGAUGGCAGGUAAAUUAAGGCGUUGAGUCUCCUGGCCUACCAGCCCAGCACUGGAACCGCCACUAGCCUGUUUCCCUUUUGAAUCGAUUGGGCUGGCGUCGGAGCUGGAGCGCAGCGACUUUCCGACACUUCAGAAGGAGUCGGCUGGGCACUGGGAGCUGCGGGGUAAGCUGCACUGCCGCAAACCCACCCCCAGCUCACCCUGAGAAGCCCAGAGGAUGAAAUGCAGCUUCUUAAGGCUUGUUCAAAACUCCCCCAGUGUCGGGGUUUGGGCAGCGAGUAGAGUCGAUCCUUCUUUACGCUGAGCCAUUUUGCUCACCCUGACUGUCAGCUCAGGAAGUUAUUGGUCUGCUCGCCUCACGGCAGCAUUAGCAGCUGUCAAGCAUUAAUAUAGCCAGUAGUGAUCCCUGCUCACCCUGCGAGGCAAUGGUUUCUCAAGCUGCACCUGACCUCCACUCAUUAGCAGUAGGGUUAUUUCCUUUAAGGAUUUUGAAUUGAGCCAUUUGUUGGGUGUGCUGUGCCUCGGCAUGUGUGCAGUUCUCUCGGUUGCUGUGAACAUUGCACUGGAUGGGACUGUUGGGUGGUGGACCGGGCUGCCAAUAGCACUGUUGUUAUGUGGCGGUGGGGACUGGAGAUACUUCACAAGUAAAGUGUUGUACAGCCAUGUAACCAUUCCAAACCUGUAUGUGUUGCCCCAGCAGCCGCCCCGACUCCGGCUCUGUUUGUAGUAUACCAUUCAGAGGGAAGGUUUCCCUUUAUGGGGUUGUUUUUUAUGUUACCUUGGUUUGUUUCCUUUGAACACGUCGUUGUAACGUUCUGAAAUUCAGUGUUUGCCAGGUGUGUGUAUUUGUUUCUGUGAUGCUGCAAUGGUUCUAUCACCUCUUGCUCUCCUCUCACGGGCAGAUUGGCAGCGGGUCGGGGGGUUCUGUUCCUUCCAGGGCUACUGCAGGAGUGAUAUAUCGGCCCAUCCUAUCAUUGGUGUUAUUCGUCUCCAAGCCAGGCCUGAUCUAGCUGCUGGAAAGGGCAGGGGGAGCACACAGUAUGGACCUGAUCUCCUGAGAGCCCCCAAACCCAGCUGAAGUCAGUGAGAGCUGAGGGUGCUCCGCACUUCUGGAAAUCAGGCCCUAGGUGAUGUUCAAAGUCCAGCGCUCCUGCAAAAGGCUGGUUUUCUGGAAGGGACACGAGAGGCAAGCCAGGCCCCGGCAUGUUCACACUGUGCAGGCCAGCAGCAGUUCUGUGCUGGAGCAGGCAGAUCACAGCUCAAAGUUCAAAGCACUUUAUGUCAUCUCUAAGAGUCUGAGAAGUGACAUGACACCAAGGGUGAACAGGGCCUGUUAGCCACAGGUGCCUGACUUUAAAAAUCAUCAUUAUUAAGAUACUUGCAAAGCAAGGGGAGAAAAGAGAUUUGCUGGCUGGGCUCUCUAUUUCUCUGCUCCACGUGCCAUCAGUUACCCUGUGCAAUGUGAGUGUGAAACACCAUCAAAUCAAUUCACUCCCACUGUGCACUGGGGUAAAUGGCUGCAUAAGACACAGGGCAGCAGGAAAUCAACCUUGUCUUUGCUUCUGUGAAACUCACAUUAGGAAACCUGAACCCACCCCAAACCCACCUGGCUCAGCUUCCGUUAUAGACGCCACUCUCCCAGCUUUGCAUAACCCUGGGGCGUUUAAAACGUUUGGUGUUGAAACCAAGUGACACUCGCAUUUCAGUGUGAACUUUGGCUGCUCUUCUCUAAGUUUUACUUUGAAAGUUUGGCGUUGUUCAGACCAUGAGCCUCGAAGCAAAGUUGACAAGGGUGACACAGGGAGGGUGCGUGGAGCACCCAGGAGGACAUGCAAGUGGUUGCCAGCCAUGCUGAGGAGGUCUUCAUCCUGCAAGAACAGGUGUAGUAAUCGUCUGAUAACUCCACUGCAGCUCGGAACCCUGAAUUCUUGCCUGCUGCAAAGGCCACCACUUAGCCACGAUGCAAUCCUUAUUUGAUUGCCGAGGUUUACGUGCCAUCCUAUUCAAAGGCUUCCCCAGCUCACAGGCCCUGGGAUGGGCCAGUUCCAAUUCAAGCCAGCUCCACGCAGGAGUGCCGCCAGCUUUUCGGCCACCCUAGGUGGCGGAAGGUCCCGCCCCGAAAUGCCGCCCCCCACAGAGGCAGCAGAAGGUCCCGCCGCCAAAAUACCUCUGCGGUCGUCGCCCCCCUAAUGGGUUGCACAGGCCCUGGCUCCACGGCGACUCAGCGUCCGUACAAUCUGGUGGCUCUUCAGCAGCCCCCUGGGGAAAUGAAUGGGGGGAGGGUCUCACUUCCGUUCCCAGUGGCAUUUCCCUCUUGUUGGCAGUCACAGUAGCAAGGCUGAGGACUGACUGGGGCAAGGAACCUGAACCUCCUGCUCGUCCUCAGAGGUGAACCCAUCAGUGCACUGAUGGAGUCUGAAAACACACUAUGGAGGAAUCUGCUGCUGCCCAUCCCAUCCCCAUUUGGGCACCUCUCCUGCCAGGGGCUCUGCACAGAGUCUCCCAUGGGCACUCCUCCCCUGCACAUGUAACCCUGUUCAUGCCCCUCGUUCCUUUGGGGCCCCUCCUGCCUCACUGUCAGGAUGGCCUUUGAAUGCAGCAGCCAUGCCUGCCUGGCACCUUCACUGAACUCCCACAAACUAAAUGUGAUGGAGGAAAACAAACCCUUGUGACUAGAAGGCAAGAGGGAGUGACGUGCACUAUUCUUUAUAAAUCCCACGUGUAGCUCAGUUUUCCUGCAUGAUGUUAUCCUGCCUGACCGCACAGAGUUAAAUCGAAGGGGAAACUGACAGGAAACAGAACAAUGGCAAAGAACAGGUAGUCUCACAGAGAAUGCCCAGGGUUCUGGGGGAAGACCCCGGCCUGGCUCUAACUAGUCUACUCAUUCCCAGGCUUUGCCAUGCACCAAAGGGGGUACUAAACCAUAAAGAUGUGGGCCAAGGAAAGAAGGGGGGUUGUCAGGGGCUGCCCAGAAGGUGUCAGGGAGUGCUGACGGGGAUGCUAGGAGUCUGCUUCUCCCAGCCCAGAGCCAGAGUAAGUGGGCUGAAUGGAACCUACCCAAACUUGCAAGGAAAGAUAAAUGUGUAGAGAAGGGAAAAUACGUGCAUAGACCUUUAUGGUUUUUAUCUUUUACUCUAGGUGCUUUGUACCUUUGGGUGAAUA